AUGUACCGGAUAUCCAUCCCUCUGGUCCUCUUACUAGUACAGCAGACUGUCAGUCUGCCGGCGCCUGAGGAUUAUUCCGGUGUUACCAAUAACGGCGCUUAUGGCGUCUCCGACGCAUCUCUGAAUGCCAACGUCGGUGGCAGUAUCCCUCAACCGGCUCAGAAUGGAAUCGACCCCCAGAGUUUGGUUGCGAAUGAUGCUGAUCUAAACAACCAGGUGAAUCCGGAACCCCCAGCCUAUGGCAGUGCUAUCGAUGCUGCGGCCUCCCAAGAGGUCAUAACAUCAACAAUAGUCGUAACGUGGACUAAGCCUGGAGAUACUAAUCCAACAAUGGCACCAAUCGCUGCUCCGGUUGACAAAAGUAACUUUAUCGAGGCAAACGAGGACGCCGGACGCCCAGCAGCAGACGCUUGGGCUGCCUUUGACUCCUCGUCUUCAGAAAACGUUAUCAAUACUCCACAUUCAUCUAGCGCCCCUCUCAUCCAUGCUAGUAGCCACUAUGAAGAUGUGGGUAUACAAAACUCCGGGUAUCCGACCUCAAGAUCCGCACAGUUUAUCCCAGCACCAGAGCCCUCGUCUCAAGCAUCAGUUACGCCAGUUCCCGACCCAUACCCUCCGUCGAACGCCGCAGACGAUUCUUCAAACACCACAACAGACGACGACCUGCUUCCUCCAACAAGGGCACCACGGCUGCCAACGUUCACAGAUGUGCCACCACGAUUCUCUACCUUGAGCAUCGAGUCCAUGGCGUCGCAGAACGGCCUUCUCCAGACCGCCAUUAAUGGCAUCUCAACUAUCCUUCCUGUCAUUAACGGACUGGGUUUGCUCGGAAUUGAGACUGAGGGUACAUAUUUCAACCUGCCUGGCUUGCUUGACGCAAUUGAUAUUCCCUGUCUCUUCCGCUGCAGUACGCCCCCUUCACCUGCAAGGCCUCAGCCUGGAGCUGUUCCGCAGGCACCGGCCGCGGUACAAGCUCCACCAGCAGUGGCUCCGCCGGCAGUAGCUCCGCCCGCCGCUGGUGGUGCCGCAAUGGGAGGUGGUGCCGAAGCAGCUGCCGCUGCCGGUGCUGGUGCUGGGCUUGUCGGUGCUAGUCCUGCUGGUGGUGCCGAAGCCGCUGGUGGUACUGUUGCCGGUGGUGUUCCAGCCGCUGCUAAUGUAGUGAAAGGUGGUGCGGAAGCCGGUGCUGGUGUAUUAGGUAGUGGUGUAGAAGCCGCUGGUGGUUCAGUGGGCAGUGGGCUUAUUCGUGCAUCAGCAGAGGCCCCCCAAGUCGAAGCUCCACCGGCACAGGGAAUUGCCGCCCAAGUGCCUGAAGCUGCUGGCGGUCUGUCCAAUAAUCCUCUCUUGAGCGUACCUGGCCGAAGUCUUCUAAAAGGGGUAGAAAACGGCAUCCAAACCGGCCUUGAUCAAUCAGGAGGAUUGCCUGGCAUAAAUAAUCCGCCAAGUCAGUCUCUAGAUGGGCAGGCUAAUGACGUGCUGAGCAAUGUGGGUCCGCAACCAGGAUCGGACUCUACCUUGAACGCUCCGGUCAAUGGCAUGGACAAUAGUGGUGUUAAUGAGAUGAUUCCUCCUGUGGCCGCGUCAAGUUCCACUCCUCCACAGCCUGUUCAAAAUGGAUUACAAAAUGACGCUGGGAACCUCAUGUACCCACCUCCACCUCCUAUGCCGCUUAACCCUCCCCAACCAAGCUAUGUCCAGGAUGGGCUACAGAGGGGUAUUAAUGACAAUACAACUAUGGCUGGAGGUCUCAACAAUGGGUACGGCAACAACAUGGCCCCCCCAGCAUACUCUUCCCUGGCGAGUCCGCUCCAGAAUGGUAUGAAUGCAGGUAUUGGGAGCAAUAUGCAACAGGCAGGCAACAUCGGGCAAAAUAUGCCUCCUGAGGCCGCGACAAUGAAUUCAUUCGCCAGUGGCGCACAGGGACCCCCGGCGUCGGGACAAUUGAUGCAGCCUAAUGCAGCAGCGGGAGUGGCCAUGGCUUUGCCAGUGCAAGGGAACUCCCCCUCCUCUAAUGGCGCGUUGAUCAACGCAGGAUCAUACGGGGGCUCCAGCAGUAUGCCACUAAUCCCGAUGUCCACGAUGAUGGCAUCGCCGAGCCAGACCCCUUCCAUUACCCCUGGGCCUUCGCAUACACCGACGCCGACACCCACACCUACACCCACCACAGCAUCAAGUAGUGAGCCUCCAGCCGUUACUACGACGCAGUUCAAUGGUGAAGUCGUGUCCUGCGCCUCGGGCAAGUACCCCGACGACGAUCACUCAGCAACACCCGAGUGCGCCGGAGAAACCAAGGUGGUGUCCACCGUUGAAUCUAUCGCCUCUGCCUAUGCAGCCUCCGUGUCUGCUGAGGCAUCUGCCGCCGCAUCGAAAUCCGCUGCCGAGGAAUCUGCUGCCGCGUCGAAAUCUGUCGCUGAAGCCGCAGACGCCUCGUGGACUUCCGCUGCUGCAAAGCCAUCCGCCACCUGUGACAUAUUAGACGACAAUGGAAAGAACAAGGUUAUAUUCCGGGUUGGUGGUAUCAAUGGCUGGACAGAUGGGAGUUCAUUCUCGGAAAUCCUAAAGACGAAAUGCCAUAGGUUCAACUUUUUCAAAACCUUCACGAUUGCGGAUUACCUCUUUUACGGGCAUGAAAAGUCAGAUUUCGAAGGCAGGCAGCGAGACACUGAGAAAGUUACGUUCACAAUGACCGGCUUUAAGAAUGGCUGUGUUGAGGAUGCGAUUCAGGAGGCUGGUGGACCAGUACACGGUAAAGGGGAUGGUGAGCUCACAUGCCAGCAUAAAAAGGAGGACUCGUUACCACCGAAAAGUCUCAAAGAUGCACAGGAUGCCGGGGAGAACAUUGAAAAUUGUGUCUUUAUACCUGUAGUACAUUAG